GGCGGUUUGAGCUGGAUUCAUUGUUCAUCAAUUUGCACUAGCAUUCGCUGGAUUUUCGGGAAAGCUCCGAGCAUCUUCAUACAAGAGGUGGGAUGAUUAGGUAGCGAUCGCAUUCCGUCCCUUCUUUUGUGUGGCCACGUAAGUCCUGGCACUGGAGCAAACUGGCAGUGACGCGACGCCGCCACCUGCAGGCAUGGGCCUGUCAUGUUCGCUUUUUCCGUGGGAGAAUUGGGAGUGGCCCAAAGCCUUUGCCACUUCGCAGUGCAUGAAGCCAAAGAGCUACUUUUACUUCCGGGCUUUGUGGGCCUUGCUUUUCCUGGGACAUCUUUGCGCCGAUGUGCUGCAAAAUGCCUAUGAGGGCGAGAUGCAGCUCUAUCUGUUGACAUUGCGGCUUUGGGAAUAGAGUAGGUGGACCUUAUUGGUCCAAGUCGCUGACAACCUCCUGCAGCUGAUUUGUGCUGCUGAAGCCCUAGAGUGUGUGCACAUGUUUUUGCAAACGCUCGAGUCUGAUUGAGACCAUUUGUGUGAGAUGUUUUUGCAUGGAAGAAUGACUUCAGGUUGCAUCAGAUUGCAUGUACAAGCACUAUGAUUUUCAUUGUGUUUUGUACUGUUGUCCUCGAUUCCUCGGGUUUGACAACUACACAACCUGGUUUGGGGCAGAAUUGUUUGUUUGAAAUUGCUAAACCAUGGAGACUCGAAUGGUAA